CAUUCAUUGCGCGUCAUGCUAACCAAUCAUCGUCGCUAACCGUUCAGAAUCCAGGUGCUUCGUGCAGUAUUGAUAUGACAACAAUAGUCGUAUGAUGUAACCUGCGUGACUGGAAAGACCGAAAACUGCGACAAGGAGCCCCAGCGUCGUUCAAAAACCAGUCGGCCGCCGGUUCCCUUCCUGGCAGCCGCAACUCUUCACUAGCGAUAGUAAUAUUCUUCCCUACGACACUAGGUAUUGGAUAUGAGUAGACCUCUGGGGGGAACACGGCUCAAAUCCGCGCUCCCUAAGGUUCCCAUGUCGUCGUUGCGUCUUUUUUUGGAGCCUUAAAGACAAGCGAAAUGACUAUAGGGAUAGAUGGCCUGUGAACUCGGCUGGAGAACUUUCACUGGUUGGACGAAUGGAGCCGAGAUCAUGAGGAGCGACAGCCGAAUGAAGAGAAAAGACUGGCAGGUCCAUAGUAUAAGAGAAAUACCGCGAAUCUCGCUCACGCUCCAACAAUGAUUCGUUCUCCGACUCAUCACUACCUAUCAUCACAAAAUGUCGCCCUUGUUUGAGAACCUAAAAGGUGCCAAGGAUUGGCCUCUUCCGUAUCCUCGGUGUCCCUGCUGCUCUGAGAAAGGACAAGGCCACUCGCUAUGGCCGUCUCGCGCGCCAUGUCGGGCUUGAUCCCACUGCUGGUACGGAGGAGAUUCUCGAUAAGGUGCUCUCUGCCGGAAAAACUGGAACCUAUCGAACCUACUGUGGUUCAGGAUGGUCCGUGUAAACAAAACAUCCUCGGCGGGGAAGAUGUUCACAUUGAGUCACUUCACAGCCUUUUCAUCCACAAAGACGACGGCGACACGGCAUGCAUGUGGUCCAGUCUCCCGAUGGCAAGUGGAAAAAUUGAUCCAUCGCCAGAGCGAUGGUUAAAAACGACAUGCACCACGUCGGUCUUGUCGUUGACCUCAAUACAUCUGGCGGAUUCACCAGCUUUGGAAGAAAGAAGGGAAGAACUGUCCUUGGGCUUUAUGUUUUGGUGUUCCACGGGCCUCCUAUUAUGGCUUCUUCCAUGCCAAUUCCUGACGAGGUAUCCGAGGCCGGAUAUAUCGGCGCCUUCAGUGGGGCGUCGAUUCCAGUCAUCAAGUGCGAGACCAACAAUCUUUUCGUUCCCUUUACUUCCAAAAUUGUCUUUGAAGGGUCCUUUCCAUUACCGAAACAGCCCCUGAAAUUCCAUUGGGAGGAGAAUGCACGGCUACAUCUUCCCUGCGAUACCCACAAUUGGCCAGUUUACAAGGCUAACUGCAUCACUCACCGAGACGAUGCUAUCCUGCCCAUGUCUGCUUGCCGUCGUUUGACCGAUGAAACACAUACCAUGAUUGGUACCUUUGCCGCUGCUGAGAUUGGCAAUUUUGUCGAGAUGCUGGUCUUCGGUCAAGGAUGCCUUUUCCCCCUUCGAAACUCAAGUCACUUGGGUUGCCCUUCAGUUCGACAACUAGGAGGGGUUGAGGGAGAUGAAGACCACUUCCGAGGAAUUGAGAAAGAAGGUCGGUGACGUUGUGUUCACCACAGAAUGGGCUACAUCAUCCAUCGUCUUGUUCUUGUGGGAGAUGACAUUGACAUCUAUGACGGCAAGGACAUUCUCUGGGCCUUCUCCACUCGUUGUCGACCAAACCUGAAUGAGACUUUCUUCAAGGACGUCCGUGGAUUCCCCUUCGUGCCAUACAUGGGUCACGGUAACGGCUCUCCUGUCAAGGGUGGCCAGGUCGUUUCUGAUGCCUCUCGAGUACACCACAGGACCCGAUUUCAUUGCUGUCGACUUUCAGAAUAGCAAUCCCGAAGAACUGAAAGCUCAUAUGCUCAGCAAGUGGGAGGCCGAUGGCUUUGCUCCUUUGUGAGGGAUGCGACCGUACUCUGCAAUAGAUUAGAAUCAAGCUUCUCAGAGUUGAUAAUGAUCUGAACAGAUUAUGAAGUAUUUAAAGCAUGUCACUGUGGGCAUUAUCGAAAUGCCUCCGUCCACACCCAAUCGCCGCUUCUCUUGUUAUACUGCCCGUAAGAUUGGUGGGUGAGAUCCUUCGUGCUCAGUCGAGACCUAAAGUUGGUGACAUCGAAUGUACAUAUAUUGAUGCAGCAAUCAUUGUAUCACCUCGUAAACUUCUCCUUCCCCCUUCCAUCCCUCAUCUGCCUUGCCCAAUACUUGUCCCCAAAACUUCAUCAGCCCAUACCAUUCUUCCUUUCCCCUCGGCAUGUCUUCUCCCUUCCGGCCGCCUACCCCUCCACCCUGCACUACUUCAACUUCCCUAUACCCACGUCUGAUCCCGCUAACGGUUUUUUGUUGUACAGCAGAUUGUGGUGAUUGACGUGUAAAGUAUAGGACCGGGGUGGAAACGUUGAGUGGGGAUGCCGGGUGGGUAAGGAGAGGUGCGCAGAUAGAUAUGAUGCUCCCUAAUCUUUUACCGUUGUCCUUUUCGUCGUUGGUUUUCAGAGGUGUCUUGCCGAUAUCAAUCCCUAAUUCAAGGGCUACAGUACCACCCUGACCCCAGCCGAAGAGAUGGAUGUCUUCCAGCCUCCAACCGAGAUGGGGCGAUAUUAAAGUCUCCAGUAAUUUGCGGAGUUUGGACAACGGGGCAGUUGGAUUUUGUGAAGAGAUCGGGAGGGGAUUGAAAUAGGGGUCAAAUGCUUGAUACCAUGAGAAAGAGGGAUGGUCCAUGAGAGGGAUGCUGAUUGAAGAACGUCAGUGAUGACAGGAAACAUGCAGGUCAUCUGGCUUACGGAUCAAGGGCUGUUAAGGAGAGAACUGCUGUUGAAGGAAGAUUGAGCUGCUUGGCCAGAUUGAAAAAUGACGCUUUGUUAUCCCCUAAAAGUCUUACGAUCAACUUCGAAUUAUUGAGCAUAUAUUUCUGGGAGUCACGAUAAUGCUCGCGAGAUACUUUGCACCUACC